CCUCCUCUGAAACUCGUACUUUUGAACUCACUGCAGAAAAUCAAACGUUCGUGAUGUAGCGCAAAUUUAUUUCCUGAAUCACACUACUGAGUCUAAUGAGGAUAUUCUAUUGCUGAUAAUUGGACGACGUGGGUAUUUAUAAUCCUCGUUACUAUAUCUAUUGUCGCGGCCACUUUUUUUUAUCUUUUUAUCUUUUUCUUCUUUCAGUUCUCUUUGGGCAUUUAAACAUGAAGAUCGCCACUGCUUUUUGUAUCUUGGUUACUGGUGCUGUCGCCAGUGCGCAAACCUACAAACUCCGUCAGGUCGGCGCGCCUUAUUCGCCUGAUUUUCGAGCAUAUUUUGAACAAAAUGGCACCGUCAUCUCUCCUUUCCACGAUAUUCCAUUGAAAGCCGGGAAAGAUGUAUAUAACAUGGUUGUAGAGAUCCCUCGAUGGACCAACGCCAAAUUCGAGAUCAACAAGGAAACCGAGCUGAACCCUAUUAUUCAAGAUCAAAAGAACGGUACGGUUCGUUUUGUGUGCAAUUUGUUCCCUUACAAUGGUUAUCUUUGGAACUACGGUGCAUUUCCUCAGACUUGGGAAGAUCCCAAUUAUGUUACACAGGAAACGCAUACAAAAGGAGAUAAUGAUCCUAUCGAUGUGAUCGAAAUCGGUGAUGAACUCGCCACGAUGGGUCAGGUCAAGCAAGUGAAAAUUCUUGGUAUUCUCGGUUUACUUGAUCAAGGAGAAACCGACUGGAAAGUGAUUGUCAUCGAUACCAAGGAUAAGAUGGCGUCAAAAAUGAAAGAUAUCGAGGACGUGAAGAAAUACAAGCCGGGUCUGCUGGAGGCCACGAACACUUGGUUCACAUAUUACAAGGUUCCCACAGGAGAUAAGAAAAAUAAGCUUGCUUUCAACGGCGAGUCCAAGAAUAGAGAAUAUGCGACCCGCACGGUUGAAGAAACCCACGAAUUUUGGAAGGCACUGGUCAAUGGCACUACGAAGGCCCCGAUUAAGACCAUCAAUAUGAGCCAAAAGGGCACUCCCGGUUAUAAGCAAAAGGUCGAUAUUCCAGAGGCCAACCUGCAAGCCGCACUGCCUCUCAAUGAUACUGUAAAGGGAUGGUCUUACGUUGAUACAGACUAAACAUCUCACUGGGUUUGUGAUAGCUCAAAUAGACUUUUUAUUAUUACAAUAAAACCAUAUUUAAGUUACGAAACUAAAAGAUGAG